UUUUACUAAAAAAAAGUGCGGAAAUAUUAGAAAUUAAAUAAGUAAAAAAACGUACAAUAAAAACAAAAUAAAAAAGUAAAACUUAAAAAAAGCUGGUGAAAAAAAUUAAUUAAGAAGAAGGAAGUAAAAAUUAAUAGCAAACUAAAGAGAAAGAGUUCUUUAAUUCAUACAGUUUAAAAUUACCCCAGAUAAAUAUGUCAACCGAUACACCAUUAGCAACGGCACCAGAACUGCCAACGACUACAACUCAUAAUACUGCAGAGGGUGAAGCAUGGAAUGCCGCAUUCAAUGACAACAAUGAAACAAAUAGUACAAAUAGUACAGCAGAUACAGCAGAUAUAAACUCUUCUACACAGACUCCAACAAUUAAUGAGAAAAUGUUAACGUCGCCAACAACCACCACCACAACUUCAUCAACGGCAUAUUCAUUUUCAGGUUCAGCUCUGGGUAGUGAAGCUAUUAAUAUAAACAAAGAUACAACUACAGACGCAAAUAAUUCAAGUAGUAAAACUGCUGGCGGUGAUAAGGAGGAUGAUAAAAAUGAAGAAUCUAUGUUUGAGUGUAAUAUUUGCUUGGACACAGCUAAAGAUGCUGUGGUUAGUAUGUGUGGUCAUCUAUUCUGUUGGCCAUGUCUGCAUCAGUGGCUAGAGACUAGACCUAGUCGUAAAUUGUGUCCGGUAUGCAAGGCUGCCAUAGGCAAGGAUAAAGUUAUACCCUUAUAUGGACGUAAUAGUACUAAGCAGGAAGAUCCUAGAAAUAAAGUACCACCACGUCCAGCUGGCCAACGUACUGAACCAGAGCCACAGCAGGGUUUUCAAGGCUUUAGUUUUGGCGAUGGUUUUCAUAUGUCUUUUGGUAUUGGAGCUUUUCCAUUUGGUUAUUUUGCAUCAUCUUUAAAUUUCGGUGAACCACGUCCAGCACCUGCUAACCGUGGCACUACCCAAUACGAGGAUGAACAGCAACUUUCCAAAUUAUUUUUAUAUUUGGCCUUUUUGUGCAUUGCCUGGUUAUUGUUUGCAUAGCCAAAUUUUUAUCUAUUUUAAAGAAACAAACCAAACAACCAAUUAAUUAAUAAAUAACAACCAACAAACAAAUCAAAAAUAUACCACACUAUUCAUAGUAAUUAAUUAAUAUAAGAGUAUAAUUCUCUAUUAAUUGUUUGUUUGUUUGUUAGUUAUUUACUUCUUUUAUCAGAGGUUUGUUUGUUAAAUCUAUGUAAACAACUCCAAAAAUGUUUUCGCCUGUUUUCUUAACUAUUUUUUGGUAUUAUUAUCUUUUUAGUUAAAUAUACAAUGUAAAUGAUUUUAUUUUAUGCUAUUGGGAAAAAUUAUUUUGUAUACACGCUCAUAAAUAUUAAAAUUAAACUUAUAAUUCCUUUAUUUAGUUUUACUUAA